GUCAUGAUGUUCCCUCCUCGCAUUCUUGUAGAACAACACACGACUUACUUCACUUAAACGAUCCCUGAAUCCAAAGUUCUGAUUAUCUAUUACCCCUCCCUUCCGCCAACAUGCAAUUCAAGAUCCUUGCCCUCUCGACCUUCGUGGCCACUGCCACCGCGACCCUAGACAUCGCCUUCAGCGGCUUCUACAUUGCCGACUGCGUCUCCCCCAGCAUUGAAUCCGCCAAUGUGAUCUCCGGUGCCUGUGGCCCUGCCAACGGCCUCCCUCUCAAGUCUUUCUCUGCGCACAUCUACUCCGGCUCCUGCGAUGAUGGGACUUCGCCUGUUUUGAAGCUGUAUACCGCCACGGGAUGUACCGAGGCGUCUCUGUACGGCGAGUAUGAGGUCACUAGCGACACUCAGUGCUUUGCGGUCGAUGGGACGUUCUUGAGUAAUGAGGUUGUUUGCGAGUAGGGAGGUAAUGAAGGUUAUCUGAAUGUAUUUACCUUUCCGGUUCGAUUUAAAUGUAUGAUUGUCGUGAUAUACUAUCCCUGCCAAGCUAG